AAAUUAGAUUAGUACAAAUUACUCCGCUCAUGUUAACGGGAGUUUUGAAAUAGAGCUCUGUGAAAAUAGAUUUUAUAUUUUCAUUUUUGUUUCAAUCAAGAAUAAUCUGAUAAUAUUUAUUGACAUCAAAUAUCAAAAUGAACUUUCUUUAUGAUAGUGAGAAAUGCGAGGCAGAAUCCUAGUGUACCUUGCAACGCUUGCAACUGUUUCAACAAAAUUUAUGUGCUUUAUGGCUACAGAGUAGACAUUGAAAUUUUCUGCAAACGAAAACUCAUUCUCCUUUAAGAAAUUUAAUAAAGAAAUACAUUUGUAUUGCAACUAUUUCAUCGAUACCUUUAAAAGUUGCGGGAAUCAAUUAAUGUCCAGAACUAAAUUCUACAAUUUCCGGAAAAACAAUAAAAUUAUGGCUAGUGAUACAUGCGCAAUUUGCCUGACAAAUUUCACAAACGAAGAAGUUGCAAUUCCCCAAACGUGCAAUCACGCGUUCUGCAAAGAUUGUCUAGAGUCUUGGACUAAGAAAAACAAGAGCUGUCCAAUUGAUCGAAAGUACUUCUAUUCCAAAAGCAUUGUUCCAAAUUACAAAAUCUACAAAAGCUAUAUUCGUCGGCUGCAUCCAUCUGAGUAUAUUUGGGAUAUUAUUUGCCAAAAGUGCCUCAUUGGUGACAAUGAUCCCACGCGGUCAUGCCUAUCUUGCAAGUUUACGUUUCACGAAAAGUGCUUGGACAGCCUCAAUUGUCCUCCUGAAUGGAAAGACAAUGAUUCGGAUGGGCUUCAUGUCAAACAUGAGUUCUGCAAGAAUUUUAGCCACAACUGGAAACCUAUUUCUGAUGACAAUGCUGAGUUGGAGUUAGAUAGUGAUAUGGGGAGUGGUACAGAAUCUGAUGGCCUGCUUUCAAGCCUUGAAGAAGAUGAAAUGUACAGUGAUGAUCAGUUUGACGAGGAAAUGUCCGUAGAUGAAAUAGAUUCUCACGAAGAUUCGUCUGAAGACGAUGAUGAUCUUAAUGAUGUAGCGGCUAUUACUGCAGCAAGACUUCUAUUUUUAAUUUAACAAUUAUGUACGAAAUCCCAGUCAUGGAUUAUUUAUUAAAAAGAAAGACCUCAAUCCAAAAUAAAAAGAUAUUUGUCUCAUUUAUUAGUGAUUGAUCAAAGUGAAAUAUCUGUAAAAUUUAUUAGUGUAUUAUUUCCUGAUUAUUAUUUGAAGUGGUACAAAAAAAAAAAGAUGAAAAAGCGUAAUAAAAAAAGUUAAACACA